GUGGCAGUUUGACGCCGGUCGCGCAGCCAGCAUGGCUCGAUCGUUUAAUCAAUUUUUAGUAUCAAGUCCCACGAAAUUUACCAGGCAAGUUUGACCGCGUUGGAGUGACAUUUUUCUCGAGUUAUUCUGUACCUUCGGUGCCCACGAAAGUUUACAGUACGGCGUAGCCGAUAGAGGAGCGAGGAAAAUUUAGUAAUGAAGGAAAAAAACGGGAUUCGAACAACACGAUCGAGGCAAAACAUUGGAGAGCCUUGUGCAGCCUUCACAUAAGAUGUCUGUUAACUCGCGCUGAUUCUCCUCGUUAUUCGCCAGAUGCUAAGAACUCGCGUCGAAUACAGGCUAAAAGUAUCUACGCCUUCUCAAUGGGUCUGUCGAUGUCGCAUUUCAAUUGUUCGCGAACAUUUGAUCAAUUUUUUUCCCCUCUCACGGUUGUACGCGUCGUGAGACAGCGCGACGGAACGAGUUUGUGUUAAUGUUGACACGCGAUAUCAUUAGUGACAUAAAUAUUCGAUUAACCGUUUCGUGAAUAUUUCACUCCCGUGGACGUAUUUAUCGGUGAAGCGUGGUGUAAUUCGUUCGCGUGAGACUUGCGAGUGCGAUGAUUCAAAGUGAGCGUCAUUUUUGCCCCGUGUUAUACAAUUUCGGCUGCUACGUCACAACGAAGUAAACAAAAAAAUCUUUUCAAUUACCACAGCAAUAAAGCUAAGAAAAUUUGAAUAAUAACAGUUGUAAUAGUCGAAGAGCAAGGCCGGACGACAAAGACACUUUUAGUCAAGUGUCCAUUGAAAAACUCAAGACAAUAUCUUCCCUACAUUGCGACGACGUAGAUUCCCCUGGAACGAUAUUCGGAGAUUCAUCGAUGCCGAUGCAUUCGCGAGAGGAGCGAGUGGGACGCGAUGAAACGAUUACGCGGUAUUGAAACAUGAGGAAAUUUGCAUCAAGCCUAAUUGGCAAGCGGAGAGAAGGACAAAAAUGGAGAGAGGGAGAAUGAUAACGUUUCGCCCAAUCUGAUUUUCCGUAAUAUAUAAGAGCUCGAAAAAACGUGAGAGCGAGAGAGCGAGAGCGAGAGAGAAGAAGGAGAGUCACGCAACGUUAAAAAAUUUACGAUCCCCAGCGAGAGUUGCUCUCUCUGAGCGAAGCGGAAACGAGCUAGAGGGAAAGAAGAGGGUUGAAGGGUUGGAAGCCGGAGAAGGAUUGUGCAUCUCCUAUAUUCGUAGUGCUUCAGCGUAUAACGAAUGGGCUCGGAAAGAAGCGAACUGCCGAGUACCAUCGAGGAGCGGAAGUGGUCACUGGGCAUCCAGCUCGUCGCAAUAAAAAUUGAUUUUUCAUUCACUCUACAAACGCAAUCUUGAAGUUGCUAUGCCGAGGGAUCGGGGCAAGUGAAAUUGAAACUCGGAAAACUGAAGCUGGCAAACGUAACGUUUAAUUUUAUCAGAUAAACGAUUAAAAAACAUUACAUGGAAAUAUUAUUUUCCAUAAAACAAAAGGAGAGCAAACUCACGUUUACGUUGUUAUGAAACCUCGAUUGGAUCGCGUCACGUUACAUUUUUCUUCCAGGUUCGUAUUUCGAGGGGAAAUUUCAUUCCAAUUUUGCUCAAAUAAAUCGUAGUGUUCGAGUCCAUAGUUGAAAAUAAAACGAACAUAAUUAGAUAUGAAUUGGAAUAUCCUCGGAAAUACCGCCAUUUGAUAGUGACGUCGUAUAAUCAUCAACUAUUCGCGGCACGGAUAAUCGCGAUGAACUCCGCAAAAACGUUUUAUCGAACGUUGAAAAAUAAUGGAUUACGUGAAAAGAGGAGGAGUGAAGAAAGACCGUGCAUCGCCCGGAUGAGUUGCCAUUUUUUUCCCCCAACGACCAAAAAUUCAAAUGAGUGAUCGUGAAUAAUUUUUUGGCAUAUCUGUAGGUUCAAUUAAAUAAAUAUUCAAUUAAAUAUUGAAUUUCUCAAUCUCGUUGGUCGUUAGGAUAUUGGGAUGAAAAUUCGAAAAAAAAUAUUCAUUAAAGAUUUCUGUAAAUACACGGCUCUAAAUUGUGCGGUAAUAAAAAUAUAAAAAUCAUCAAACGGUGUCCGAGUGCUGAAAGAAUAAGCGAAAGCCAGUUUAACGGUGAUUGAGACGCGGAAAGAAAAAAUUUGAAUAUUCGGUUAACGAACUUUUCGUGAAAAAUUGUCUCAUCGGGUGACGUUCGAUAAACGGUAGAUGGAAUCGAUGCUGCGGAGUGUUGUCAGGGGUGAUCGAGAAAAAAAAACACCCUGGUAAAGAGAACGAUAACCUCGCUGCACUCAUCGGGAGGCAUAAAAAAGGACUCCAGGCCCCCAAUCUUGGUUUAUGCCUCAGUUCGUAGUAAAAAAGAAAGAGAGAAAACCGAGCAAUAUUCUCUCGCCUAUAAACGUACAAUUGCAACGCUUCGAAGGAUCACGACCUUAGGUACCAUAACGUUAAAUAAAAAGGGAAGACGAGCGUGAAAGUGCAACGUUGCAACGACCUCGGUCAGACUGAACUGCGUUCAUGCUGCGGGAAUCGACUUCGAUUACGUGAAACAAGAGUCAGAAAAAAAUAACUCGAGAUGAAAAUUCCUAGUGGGGAGGCUAGCUUGCCUCUUCUUGGAUCGGUUGGACCUCGUUGCGUCGUCAAACAGGCUACGGUCAAGAGAUGCGUCGCUGCACUCUUGCUCGUCUCCGUCGCUAGCAUAUUCUAUUACACUCAUUACAUCACCAGCAAUCCAUUGUCCAGUCUCAUCCAUCGGGACACGAGGCCUGAACCUUCGAUAAGAUGCUCAACUCUGAGAGGAGCAACAAGGUUACCAUCAGCGCCGGAUCAUCGGAGCGAAGCUCGUCUCAGGAUAGAUCCAAAGGUUCUCGUCUUCGUCGAGACUUUGUAUUCGCGACUGGGGCGCGAGAUUGCGGAAUUACUCGUGUACAACAGGAUAAAAUACAAAGUGGAAGUUGCCGGUAAAAGUCUUCCCGUCCUCACGAAUCUCGACAAGGGACGAUACGGGGUUUUGGUCUUUGAGAAUUUGAACAAGUACCUGCAAAUGGACAAAUGGAACAGGGAACUCCUGGACAAAUACUGUCGCGAAUAUUCCGUCGGAAUCGUCGGCUUCGCACCCCCCGGUGAAGAGAGCCUCGUCGGGGCACAGCUCAAAGGCUUUCCACUUUUCAUACACACGAAUCUUAGGCUCAAAGACGCACAGCUCAACGCAGCAUCGCCCAUCCUCAGGCUCACAAGGUCCGGGGAAACUGCUUGGGGACCCUUGCCCGGUGGCGAUUGGACCAUUUUCCAGACUAAUCACAGCACGUACGAGCCUCUCGCGUGGGCGCACAGGGAUAGUCUCGAUUAUCCAACGAACAAAAGUCCCCUGGCAACUGUCAUACAGGAUCACGGAAGGUACGAUGGAAUUCAAAGGGUGCUGUUCGGCGGUGGGCUACGAUUCUGGCUCCACAAGCUGCUCCUUCUCGACUCGCUGUCCUAUCUCUCCCACGGACAGCUCAGUCUCAGCCUGAAUCGUAUGAUACUGGUAGACGUGGACGACAUAUUUGUGGGCGAAAAGGGAACGAGGCUGAAAAAGGACGACGUUCUGGCACUUUUGGCAACCCAACAGAGAAUACAGGCUCUCGUGCCAGGCUUCAAAUUCAAUUUGGGGUUUUCCGGGAAGUAUUUCCAUCACGGGACCUCGGAGGAGAAUUGGGGGGACGACAUGCUGCUCGAGAACGUCGACAGAUUUACGUGGUUUUCCCACAUGUGGAAUCACCAACAGCCGCAUAUCUACGAGAAUGUAACACAUCUGCAACUGGACAUGACGUUGAACAAACAAUUCGCGAAAGAUCAUGGCAUUCCGACCGUCAGCGGCUACAGCGUAAGCCCCCAUCAUUCGGGGGUGUACCCGGUCCACGAGGGCCUGUACGAGGCGUGGAAAAAAGUUUGGAACAUCAAAGUGACGAGCACGGAGGAAUAUCCGCAUCUGAGGCCAGCUCGACUACGACGGGGAUUUAUCCAUCGUAAUAUCAUGGUCCUGCCAAGACAAACUUGCGGUUUAUUCACUCAUACCAUCUUCAUCGAACGCUAUCCGGGCGGAAGGGACAAACUCGACGAGUCCAUUCAAGGAGGAGAAUUGUUUCAAACUAUCGUUUAUAAUCCUAUCAACAUUUUCAUGACUCACAUGUCGAAUUAUGGAAACGAUCGUUUGGCACUCUACACCUUCGAGUCGGUUAUCAAAUUUAUUCAGUGCUGGACGAAUUUGAGACUGUCGAGUGCACCGCCGCUUCAACUUGGCGAGAAAUACUUUCAGCUCUACCCGGAAGAAGCCGACCCAGUUUGGGGAAACCCCUGCGACGAUCCACGCCACCAGAAAAUUUGGUCUAAAAGCAAAAUGUGCGAUCAAUUACCGAGGUUCCUCGUGAUAGGGCCGCAGAAAACUGGCACUACGGCUCUCUACACUUUCUUGUCAAUUCAUCCAGCGAUAAGCAGUAAUCUCCCGAGUCCGGAUACCUUCGAAGAGAUUCAAUUUUUUAAUGGAAAAAAUUACUACAAAGGGCUAGACUGGUACAUGGGUUUCUUCCCAGCAGCAAAGAACGAGAGUUCGCGUUACUUGUUUGAAAAAUCAGCGACAUAUUUCGACGGUGAAUUGGUGCCGCGACGAGCUCAUGCUUUGUUGCCACGAGCAAAAUUGAUAACGAUACUUUUGUCGCCGGCGAGACGAGCUUAUUCGUGGUAUCAGCAUACUCGCGUACACGGUGAUCCGGUGGCGAAUAAUUACACGUUUCAUUCGGUGAUAACUGCCAGUGACACGGCGCCAAAGCCGUUAAGAGAUUUACGAAAUCGUUGCCUCAAUCCCGGCAAGUAUGCUCAACAUUUGGAGAGAUGGCUUUCGUAUUAUCCGCCGCAACAACUCCACAUUAUCGACGGGGAACAAUUGCGACAAAAUCCGGUCGAAACCCUCCACGAGCUUCAAAGAUUUCUCAAAAUAACACCAGCUUUCAAUUACUCUACUCACUUGAGAUACGAUCCGAAAAAGGGAUUCUUCUGUCAAGUCACCAACGAGGAUCGGACCAAGUGUCUUGGUAAAAGCAAAGGGCGACAGUACCCAUCGAUGGAAGACAGAUCUUACAAACUCUUGCAGAGAUACUAUUUAUCACACAACACAGCACUAGUGAAGCUUCUGAAAAGACUAGGCUCACGAACGAUACCUCAAUGGUUGAAGGACGAUUUAACCGACACUGUAAUGACUUAGCAAACGCCGGACGUAUGAAACGUCCUGACGUUUUUACGAUUCAAAAGUUUCACUUCCGAGACGUCGAUUACGCAGGAUGCGAGCACGCCUCAGGGAGACCUGUAAUUAAUUGUACAUUUUUAUACAUUCCGAGCUGGGACUGUAAAUUCCUAAAGAAGAUGAAGAUUGUGGAGAAGGAGAAAAGUUAAUGCGGAAGCAAUGGCUUGUCCAAGCCGAGGCCUAUGAAGAGUCCAACUUCGGCGUGAAUGGCCUAAAAUCUCGAGCGGAGGUUAACCGGAGUUUGUCCUUUUAGUAUCGAGCUCAAUUUAUUUCUUCACUUAUCGCAAUCUGUUAGCAGUUUGAGACAAAAUCUCUUGACAGGGAAACUGCUUUAUUGGGUUACAAAAAUAAAUUCUCCAAUGUUUUUCGAGCUCCAAAACAUUCCAAAUUGUCUGGUAAUUACGUCAGUUUCUUUGGUAGGAAAACAAAGCGUAAAAUUGCUAAGUCGACGAAUAAAUCGAGUUCGAAAUUAAUCGGAUGGUCAAAACUCUGGACUUUAUCGCGCAGCCAAUAAAAAAACUAGUCAUUGGUAAACGUCUCAAGAUGGGAGAGUUUACUAGGAAGCAAGCAGUUGUUGCAUCGAGCAUUCUUCAAUUGAAACGAAGCGAUGAUUCGUAUAGAGAAUAUUUUUUUGUUUGCGUAUGGGAGAAAAGAAAUCUCAGAGAAAAUAUUUGUCAGAUUCGUUACUAGCUAUUUCGAAAUGGGAAAGAGCCAAAAAAAUUAAUGAAACGAGUUAUUGUGCUGCGGGCAUCUUGAGCAAGGGCCGUCGUUGUGUUUCUCACUUUGCGACGAUCAUUGCCUGACUCGAUGAAUUCUGUAACGUCCUAAUUGAGAAAAAAAACUGUGCACCUCUUAAUUUAAUAUUUUCGCAGUCGAACAAAAACCUCUGAAAAAUGUUUGAAAUAACGGAAUCGAGAAAUUGAGAAGCGACAUGAGACUUUUAUCGGUCAAAAUAGGGGAAGGGGUGCUCAGGAAUGUCUUCGAAGUACAUUCGUCGAUCGUUCGUUUAUAUUUUUCCACCUCGAGAGGACUCUCCGACAAAGUGGCCUAAUGAUACUGAGGGGAAAAAUCGCUGCUCGAGUGCUCGUCGCAUUCACAAAAAGCAAAUAUAUUUAAAAGGGUGAAGCAAACCGAAAAAGUAUCAGGAUCGAGCGGCAAAUUGCACUUAGCUACGAGUUUAUGAAAAAAAAAAAAAAAAAACUGGAACGAGAUCUUCAAAGAGCUUCUAACUCCGUAUAAGUAACGAUAAAAAAAGAAACUAAUAAUCUGUCGGACCAAAAAAUUCGGAAUCGAGAGAGAAAAAGAUGGAAGUUUGUAAAAUUGUGAGAAAAUACGAGUAAAGUGUCAAACGUUGGGAUCGCAUCUGUCCAAAUCGUCCUAAAUCUUUCUCCAAGGAUCAAAUCUAUGUAUCGUUAAACGCGAUUCGAAUCAUUCGCGUUAGUGUGAAACCUCGGUAUUAGGCAAUUCGACCUAUCGAUAAUCCAUUAUCACUCGUGCAACUUCAACAUUUUUUCUUCUCUCCCUCAUUUCGUUCGGUCUAAAUUAUCGAGUUGUCGAAUCGCACGGAAUCGUCCAUGGUUUUCGCGGAGAACAAAUAUCUGCGAGUGCCACCAACUUCGGUAACAGUGUACGUUAUUCUCGUUGUAAGAAUAUUGAACGAUUGUAAUUGAUAUUUUUCAUAUCCACGAUGGAAAACAAAAAUUAAGCGUAUCUUUAUGAUGUUUCAUGCUUAAAACUCCAACCAAAAGUUUAAUCUACUUGUACAUUCAUCAAGCGAUUAUUGAAAAACCGUUUUUUUUUACCAUUUUUCUAUUUUUUUUUUUGAACUUUUUACAACGAUCAACAACCGAAAAGUGUUUCUGAUCAAAUUUUGUUCUUCGAAAAUAUGAUUCCACCAGUCAGGUUCAUCUGAAUGAUCACCAAGACUCAAAACUCACAUUGACAUUAUUCGAACGUGAUUUAGAUAUGCUCAAUUUUUAAUCUCGCAUACUAACAAAAUGAUGAUGAUGAUGAUGUCGAUAAUGAUCAAAUUAAUCAUGAUAAUUCCGUGUAUAUUUUGACAAUACUAUUCUUGUUACCGAUCCUAACGCCGGAUACAGGGCGUCCAUUUGUAAAUUUAUUGUGAAACGCGCGUUAUUGAAUAUGAAAAAAAAAAAAAAAAAAAAACAAAUUCUAUCACGAAUAGGGUCUUCGUGGAAAAAUUUAUAUGCGAAUAAACGAAUGUAACCUCGACAUAAAUAUAUAUAUAUAUAUAUUUAUAUAAUUUAUAUUUUACUUAUUAUUCUAUAAAAAUGAUGUACAAAUUGAAUUGAUUUCAUUGCCAUAUAUUUGACGAAUGUACAUGUGAGAUAUGAUUUUGAUGAAAGGUCUCAGUUGUACAGUAUUUAUGUCAAGUUCGAAAGAUACGAUUGCAUAUAAAUUUUCUCCAUCAAUGUUAAAUCGUGUUUAAAUAUUUGGAAGAAAGCAUGGAGUGAGUUAUCAUUGUAUGAGAAAACAAAAUUUUCAACUGUUCGAAAUCGACGUCGACCUCGAGAGUGUAUUUCGGGGGAAAAAGCUUUGAAUUUAGUUAGCACUGAAAUUUGUCGAUUCAGAUCGACUCUGAUUUGAAGCUCGACGAACAUAUUUCUUCGCUCGGUACCAUCCAGUUUUUACAACCACGAGAGGACGUAAAAAUUCUUUUUUUUCGAUGGUGGGAUAAAAAUGUGCGAGUUAAUAACGCGCGUAUGCUCUAUAUGUGUAUAGGAAAAUCAAGAUAAAAUAUGAAGGAAAAUCGUUCGAACGAUUUACCAAGAUGCGAUUCCACUGCCCCUUUUGAACUCGCGAGUCCCCUCACGUACGUGAAUAUGAAAAACGAAAACGACUAAAAGAUGCCAUCGUAUUUCGAGUUUAAGUUUGUACAUUUUCUUUGGUUCUCGUUCACUUGGAUUUUUAUUCGCUGUUCGUUCACGAAUUUGCAUAUUUUGUAAUGAGAAUUAUGACGAGAGAGACUGAGGAAUGAGUGAGUGAGAGAGUGCGAGACGAAAGCGUUAAACCGUGGAAUCAUCGUGUACAAAGUUCAAUAAUUGUCGACGACGAGACGAAAAAAGUAGGGAGAAAUAAACGACGGGAGAACGAAGAAGAUUUUCGCGUUAGUCUCGUCGUCGAACGUGCCAUUAACGUCAGUUAUCUUUUGUAAAUACUCAUAAUUAAUUUUCAUCUCGGCGAUGAUGAGAUUGCGAGCGUCUCCUUUUGGAACAAUAAAUAAGUACGAUUUUUGUUUUGUUUCUUCAGUCUUCGUACACGUACGAGAAUAAAAGGAAAACAACUAAA